CCAUUCAGUUGAGACUGAUUAUGAUGGCAGCAGAUGGGCUUCACUCGACAGCAGAUUCUCGGUAGUUUCUUAGGGACGAGAAUUAAUAGGCUCAGUUGUAGGAUCGCACACAGAGCAUCAGCAGUGCACUCUUGAUCUGCUGUAAGCUUCUCUCCCCGAGGAAACUGCCACCUUCAAAGGCGGCAGCCGUCCCUAAACACAUGUUAAGUACCCCUCUCCCUGAGAAACCAGCGAAGCACAACAAAGCAGAGCGAGUGAUUGUUUUCACUGCAGUGGCAGGGUUUGGCCGUAAACUGGAGAGAAAGUUUAUCAACUCUGGAUCUUUGUAUGCUGCUGUUUGAUUGCUCUGAGGAUUACUCUGACUGUUAUGUGAAGGACCUCUGCUCUAAGGAUGUUCUCUAGUCUGGAGAGAAGCUGGCUGUGGCCCAGUUACAACAGGAAGUUGCAAGAAGUAAAAGUGAAGGGACAAUGUGUGAGAAGCUGAUGCAUGAAUUGGAGGAAGAGAGAUGUUUAAGGCUUCAGACUGAAAAGCGACUUUGUGAAGUUACACUGGAAUCUCAAAUCAGUACAUCUCAGAUGCAGACUCUGCAGAAGCAGUUUGCCAGGAUGGAAGAGACAGUAAGAAAUCUACUCCAGAAUCAAGGGGCACUAGGACAGAACACAGGAGCACCAGCUGAUCUUUUAAAUGCUUGCCAGGUUAAGAUGUCAGAAGAAGUAACAGCUUCCAAAGAAACAGCAAGUGACAUUAAUGCAGCAGAUGAUGAAUAUUCAAGCAGUGCAAUCACCAUUGAGGAACAAGGAAAGACAAUGCAACUAUUGAAAAGAUUAAGAACAUUGGAGGCGGAGAACUCAGCCUUGGCGCUAGAAAAUGAACAUCAACGAGAGCAGUACGAAUGCUGUCUAGAUGAGGUGGCUAAUCAAGUUGUUCAAGCAUUGCUUACUCAAAAGGAUUUGAGAGAAGAGUGUCUGAAACUGCGCACGAGGGUUUUUGAUCUUGAGCAGCAGAAUCGAACAUUGAAUGUUCUUUUUCAGCAGAGAGUUCGCCUGGCUUCUGACUCACUUCUACAGAAACUUCACUCACGGAUUGUAGAUCUUUCAUCAGGGGACCUCUUCUCCAACGCAGAGAGGAACAGGCAUCCAAUCAAGUCAAAAAGUACAGACACUCAAAUUCACGAAGCUCAUCCAAACACACCAUCAAAUGUAUCUGUUUUAAGAUGUCAGAGUCAAUUAAAUCUGACAGUACCUAGCCAACUUUAUCCCAGGAGCAGCUGUAGCAGCAGUGAACUCUCUAUUUCAAGUGCCUGCAGUGAACAUUCAAGUGGCUCCUAUACUUGGAAUGAAGGAAGGACAUGCAGUAAGAGGUCAUCUCUAAACUGGGAAACAAGACUCAGCAUUGGCUCCUCACUGCCCAGCAACCUAUCUAGUCCUGCAGAAGAACUACCUCCCACACGAGAAAAAGAAAGCCAUAUCCUGGAAGGAUUAAAGAAGCUUCAAAAGAAAAAGUCUUUCUCGGAACCGCCUUCAAUCAUGUCAAAGUGGGCUUACAAGGAUUGUAUGAACUCCAAUGAAGGAAUUUACUCACUUGGCCUAAGAUGUCGGAAUCGCAAUAAGAACAAGAAUCAAAUGCCUUUCAAGGCUACCAAUAAAGCAUUGUGCUUUGACCAAACAAAACGAUUUGAGUAUGAUUCUGAUUCACAUGAUGAUGCAGAUGAUGACUGCACAGCAAUUAUAAUAAAGGAAGUGCCAAGUAAAGACUGCAAGUCGUUUUGCAAAAAACUAAAGCACAGUAUUUCUGAUAGUCUGUUUGAUUGGGAUCGCAAUGUUUCAGAAAGGCUCACACGUUUAAGCUCAAGAGAAAAGCCGGAAAAGUUGACUAGUUUUGUCACCAGCAUUCAGUCAAAUGAUAAGCUUUGCACAAGCAACAAGUUACCUGUGUCGAAACUGCAGUUUAAUUCUACCAAACUGCACUAUAAAGAUUUAACUAUCCAAUUAUCAGACACAGAAGAUAUUGAGAUUUUGGAUGAACUGCAACUGGAAAGCAGAGACAAAAGAAAUUCCUCUGAACUUGUAUCAAGUUUGUUAACUAACAAACAGUUGGUGAGUCAUGCAAAUCCAUUCAGUUGCAAAAAAACUUUCUUCUCAUCUGCAGAUAAAGAUGAAGGCCAUUUUUCACCUUGCAUUGACAAUAAUCCAGAGACUUCGAAUCUACUGAAAGAUAACUGUCAAGCAACCAAGUUUGUGAAAACGUCAUCUGAAGAAUGCAUCACAAUAGUGUUUGAUGCUGAGGACGGCCAGCCAAUUAGGUUUAAUUCCCAGCAGACAGCGAGUGUCACUGUGUCUUCAAAUCAAAUUUCUGAUCCAAAUGCUAUAGAUGGGAAUUGCCAGCAAACUGUUUUUGCUGUAGAAGACACUGGACUGGUGCAUCAAGGACUGAUCUCUUGUCAAAGAGGAAGUGAUGCAAGGAAUUAUACAGUUUUAAAGUCACUUCAAGGUCAUGUAAAGCAAAAUCCUUCAGAAGAUCCAAAAGACGACAGGAAAACAUUAAAUUCCAUUGUUCACACAGAUUCUGUAAGCUGUGAAAGGUCAUUGUCACAACACAGUCCACAACAACAAAAAAUAUUGAAACCAAUUUGUAACACACCUCAUAAAUCAAAUUGUUUAGUUUCUCCUUCUAUUCUAAAGCCACAUCUAACCAAAAUACCCAACAAAGGGAAAAGCACAUCACAAAAUUCCUGUAAAGGAAACAGAAGUGAAACCCCUAAAUCACCUCCGACACCUGUUUCUCCUAACCAAAACAAGUCUCCAUCAUUGUCAGCUGUGAAAUUUUCCAAAUAUUUAAAAAUGCCAAACAUUAGUAUUAAUAGUGGUUUAAAAAAUGAUACCAACAUUCCAAAAUGCGGUUCACCUCAUGCACAGAGCUCUAAGGUUACAUUGGGUAAUGAAACAGCAAAGAGCCAUUCUGGGAUUGUACAAGGGUCUGUAUUUUUCAGAAAGCCUAUGGCAGUUCAUGGAGAACAGCCCACACAAGAUAAAUAUGAUAGUUUAGAGUUGGAGGAAAUAAAAUCUCUAUCACCUCCACCUCCGCCGGGGAGAUCCAUUUCAUUGCUAUUCAGACCAAGUUGUGAACGUUCGCUGAAUAUGAUUGUAAAAUCUGAAACCAUCGCAUCUGUCGAUGCAGAUAAAACCGCUUCCGCAUGUUCAUCUUUACAGCCAUUGGGAAUUACUGGUGUGUUGCCCUCUGCCCAAUUGACAAAAGAAGCACAAAACCAGAAGUCCCCAGCUGCAUUGCAAAACUCAGCACAACAGUCACAGCAGUCAAAUUACACCUCAAAAGAUUUGACUAGAAUCUCUUCAGAAAAAAAAUCCCAGAAAACAAAUUGCCCAAAUACUUCUUCAUCAAUGCACAUUCAGCCUUGUCCUCAAGCAGCUGCUAAAAUAAUUAGUUUAACAUGCAACCAAAAGGAUCCAUCUCCACAAAACACAUUUUUUGCCAAAACAGGACAGUUAUGUGAAAAUGAUUUGACAACACAAUGCACACCACUGUCAGCUUCAUCAGAGUGCCAUGUACCAAGUAUAAAUGAACCUUCAGCUCAUCCACAGCAUUGCCAAUCUUCAUCUGUUUCUAGUGGUAAGCAGGCAAUCCUUUCAUGCUUUGAAGAAAAAAAAGCCAAAACUCGUAUUCCGUUGGGGCUAAAAGGUUUCUUGAAAUCCCCCCCAUUAUUGAGAAAGAGCUCAACUGUACCUGGGAAGCUUGAGAAAGACAGUAUUAAUAUCUACUCUAAAGGAAAUGUAAUUCAAGGAAAGUCUGGUCAAGUUGAUUCAACUGAAAGUAUUGAAACUUUGGAACAAUCAGGUUCAGUGGUUAGUUAUGAGAACAAAGGUGACCUUCAGGAUGUUCCUGAUGUAAAAAUAGGUUUUCCUGCAGAACUUGACAGUGAAAUGAAAUAUUGCAGAGACAUCGCAGAUGGGAAUGAUGUUAACAACAUGGAAAUUAAAGCUUUUAAGAGGUCAAUAUCAGUUAAUAGCAAACCUUAUCUUAAGCCUGCUCUAGGCAUGAACGGUGCUAAAGCACGAAGCCAGAGUUUUAGCAAUCAGACUGGGGAAAAAACUUGUGUUUCACCAGUGGAUGGGACAGGAAAAGUGAGAACACAAAUAAUUACAAAUACAACUGACAGAGGUAAUUCUUUGACAAGGCAGAUCUCAACCAAUGCAGCAGAUGCAAUGCAAACUAAACCAGCUUGUGGCUCAUCAGCUCCUCAAAGCCCUUCACAUUCUCCAAGAUCUGUCGAUGAUUCAUAUACACGACAGGUGUCUAAUGGAAGUAUAAGUAGCUCGAGUAGUCUUCAUAGCAGUCCGAGCAAAUUACCCUGUCGGACUCCACCAAAGGGGGAAAGCCAGCUUAGUACUUUAAAGUGUGCUGGCAAUCAGUCACCGCCUCAGAAAGAAACUAGAAGCCUACCUCUCAGCAAUAGAUCAAGUGAGAAAAAGUCGAAACAAACACCACAAAAAGUGAAAAAUGUAAUGCUGCCUGAAUAUGAGGCUCAAUCGUCACCGAAUAUGUCUUCUGCAGAUAAGCCAUGCAUAUUACAUGGUCCCUCUGAAAUUAAUAUGGCAAAAAUUGUUAAGAAACAAGAAAAUCUUUCCAAAAGACCUGAAAUUGCUGACAAGGUAUUCAUUCCUCCUCCAGUUUCUGAGACACAGUGUAGCAUAGAAGCAAAGGUCAUGUUGGGAAUUCAAGAAAAUAUGCAGAAGGUACAAGGAAGGGACAAGGUUCAAGUAUCGGAGACUAAGCAGAAGACUGGACCUUCAAUAGCCAAGUGGUUUGGGUUCCGAAAAAGCAAGUUGCCAGCUCCUAACAACAAAAUGUCGGAUUACAAGUCCAGAGAUGAAAAAAAAGUAACCAAAAGUGGAGCUAGUUCUGGAAUCAAGCAAACAAAAUUAGAUAAAAAAAAGGACAAAAGAAAAAAUGAAAAAGGAUGUCAAAGGGAGAUUGAUGUCACAAAAAGAGAUGCCAGUUGUGUCACAAAGUCAGAAAGUGAUUAUCCAAGUGGAGGGUCUGAGUUUACAUGCCAGGAAGCACACCACAGUAGGAAAAUAAGUCUUAUGUCCAAGCAUCAAGGUUGUAAGGAUCAUAAUAUUCCAACAAAAGAGUCAACAAAUGAUCACUUCAUGCAAGAACUCCUACACAGAGUUGAUAAGAAGGCUGCUCAUCAGAAGGAAAAUGGAUCAAAUCAUGUUUCCUGCAGGAACGUGUCUAAGGGCAACUCCCAUGGCUCUGCAUUUCCUAGCAACUCUCUCAGUAUUCAGGCAGACCACGGAAAUAAUUAUGAAAUGAAGCCACCCACAGAGAUUCAAAAUGAAAUUCAUAAAGAGCUGCAAAUUGAUUCGAGGUGUGUAGGUGAUUCGAAUCCAUGUGAAAGUUAUGUUGAAUUAUGGCAAUUAAGUGAAUCAUCUCCAGGGAAACUCUCUGAUUGGCAAGGUUUAAAUUAUGAGAACCAAGGAAAUGAAAAGAUUUUAGGUGCCAAGAUGGACAAAAAUACAAACCCAGAAAUCACAAAGGAAGUCAUCACUGAAUCAACAGGCCAAGAUCAAAUGAUAGGAUCAAGUUGCCAGAUGAGAACGUUGGACAGUGGAAUUGGAACAUUUCCCCUUCCAGACUCUACGAACCGGGCAACGGGGCGGCACAUUAGCAAAACAUCGUCCUGCCUUGAAUAUGAACUUUCCUCCUCCUUGGAAAAAAUCCCACACGCAACAAAUGUUUCCCAGAAAGCAAAAACACUUGAAAGAGAAGUGCCUUGCACUGCAGAGUGCAACAGUCCGCAACAGGACAUGAUUGGGCAUUCAGCGUCAGACCCCACAUUGAUUGCUAAGCCCGUGCAAGCAUUGCAAAGGUGCCUACCCAAGCCAUUCUCAGCAGGUUUCCUUGUGCCUAAGUAUAAGAUGCAAGAUCGUAUAAAUCAAGGUUGCACCUCAAUUCAAUUUUCCAACCUUUGUAAGAAUGAACAUACAAAAUUGCCAGAGAGAAUGAGGAAUUUGCAGCUGCCAGGCGGCUCCCGACGUCUGACUGCACAGGAGCAAACAAUGCAUCUAUGCUCAUAUUCUGCCAGUAGCAGUGACAAUGAAACAGAAGCAGAUCUUGCAUCAACUGAGAAUGGCACUGGUGCUGAAGAACUAUUCCAUAAAGUGAAGCACAACAAAAAUGGAAGUCAACAGCAACAUAUUGACAAACGUUCAUGCUUUGGAAACCAGUCAAGUGUUUUCACUUUCUACCAGCCAAAUCUAUAUAUGCAUUACGGAAAGGAAAUGCCACACAUCAGUGUGAAGCAGUUACAUAGUGACUUAAGUAAGGAUGAAAAAGGUGAUGACAUUUCAAGUAAAAUCAAACAAGUGGAACAAGAGGGGCCAGACUCCAAGUUGCCAAAUGCGCCGAAUGUCUCCAUGGACAGACUCAACCGGAUCAACUUGCGCAUUAUAGAAGAAGACAAAAAAUGUUUAUUGAAGCCCGAGGCUGAUAAAGAAAGCGUUGGGAAGCCCGAAGAAGUCUCACUGAGUUCGCCUGAAAAGACGGGUGCGGACCACUCGGAAUCACUGAGUGACUCUUUGUACGACAGUUUCUCAUCUUGUGCCAGCCAAGCUUCUAACGAGGUGUAGAACUGCAACCGGGGAGAGCGAGCUGGUGUGCAUUUGCAACAGAGAACCAGAAUAAUAAAGCUGCAAAUUAAAGAAAUUCGGUACCUUCUUGAAACUGUGUUACAGUGACAUUGAGACGGAGUUACGAACUCAACUCUUCCCGCAGCAGAUUGCACUUGCUGGCAAAGAAACACUGAAUUAAAAUUGGUAAAGGCUGCAAUUCCUAUGGUGAAUUGAUAGACUUAAGGACACCUAUUUUGCACUGUAUAAAUACUUUACUGAAUUUGUUUCCCUGUAAAUUGAAAGAUAUAUUUGUAGACAAAUAAAGCAAUACAUAUUGAAACAAUGGUGCAAUCCUGCCUGGACUAAUAAUCCCUCAACUGGAAAAUUGGAGAUCACAGAUUCACUGUUUUUUUUGCUUUUUUUUUAAACCCCACCCCCACCUCACUCCCCCUUCCCUUUUGCUUGGAUAGGAACCGUGCUAGUGAGCACGGAUCUUCUCGUAUUCAAGGACAUUGAAAUAGCCUCAAAGCGCAUUUACACUAUCAGCUGCGAAAAAAACAAAAACUCUCCACAACUCAAACAUCCGUGCGUUGGAAACUGACGGUCUUAGUUCAAUUGAUGUACAUUUUAACUCAGGUGACUUGGAACGUUUAUUAAAGAAUGGAUGGACUAAUUUCCAAGCUCUGCGGGGUUUAGUCCAUUUUAUUUUCGAUUUUGAAAACAAAAUGUCAGGGAUAUCUGUAAUAUACUGUAGUUGUUUUAAAACAUUUGUGCUACGUUUUGAGCAUAUCUCCUACGACGAACCAGCCUAUCAGUACUGUACCUUUAUAACAACUUCGUCCUACAUCCCCGCUGGAGUUGAUGUAGUUGUAUUUUAAAAUAGUAACCCUUCUCAGCAGGGGCAACUCUUAUUGAUUUCGACAUCUCUCCUUUGUUUUCUAUCAGGCUUGUGUUCAUAUGUAUCGAGAAUAUGCGAUAUUUCAAAUGGCGUGUAUUUUUUCUAGAUGUGAGAUAUUUAUACCUACUUUUGUACAUGGAAUUGUAAAGUAGUAUAUUUGAUAUGUUCUGUGAUUCAACACUCAAUUGAAACGGUUGUUUUAUAUUUAAUAAAGUUCAUUGCGAAACCUUACGGUCCCAACAGUGUUACAUAAAUACCUGGUGCAAUCUAGAAGUUGAUUAUUAGAAAUUAAUGUCAUAUUUUUCAUGUACGAACAUUGUUUAAAGCAAAAUAAACUCGAGGCGUUUGCUUUCACGCUCUAACUAGC